AUGAGGGGGUGCUCCAGUACCCAACAGCUGGUGCCACAGUGGGAGCCGGAGGUGGUGAUGGUAGAGUUGGAAGCCUCCAACUUCUAUCAGAAGUGCAGCCCGCCUAGUUUGGCAGUAUGCCAGAGUGGUGGGUUGUUUCUUCCAUUAUACUCAGGUUCUACUGAACACAACCAGCUGGUCUGUUUGGUGCUACAGCCUGGUGGCGAGUUUGAGAACUAUUUUGAGUUGACAAUUUUGUCCUUUCUCAAUGACGACCAGCUAUUAGAGCUUUUGGAGAACUCUGAUUUGGAAGAUUUUGAUAUUGAUGAAGAAGAUGUGCCACAACUGCAAUUAGCUGUAGCUAAUGAAAUGGAAGCAGACCCACAACGGUGUCCAUCACCACUGAACUCUGACAUUCCACUACAAGUCCGGAUGGAACAAGAAAAGCUCAGACAACGGUGGAGAAUAAAACCUUGGGAAACGCCAAUUGUGGCACCCAUCAUUGAACUUCCAGUGGAGGAACUUCUAGGCCCUAGUGAAUACUUUGGACGGUAA